UUGUGGAAGCUAUUGCUGCUGCUGAUAUUAUAUGCUCAAUAAAAUUCGUUUCAGCUAUUUUCGGACAUCCUGCAUCUUUAAGAGCUAUGAAGACAAUCGCUGAUAGCGUAAAGCCGCAUGCAGUGUUUUUAUUUAUCGACAACCUCAGAGCAAAUACUCAAAAACUUGUAGAAACUAUUUCCGAAACAUCGGGAUUCAAAAUCAUCUUUGGACCGUUACAUGAAAAUUUUAAGCUUUGUGCACCUAAAAAGAGCAUGGCGGUGUUUAAAGAUGUCUGUCCUUCUGUUGCAACUAAAGUUUCUGUGAUUGGAAUGAUAAAAUUGGACAAAGCUGGAAGCACUUGCAAUGGUAAUAUGCCGAACCCCACUCCUAGUUUAAAUAGUACUGAUGAUAGUUGGAUUGAUGAAGUUGAAUCUGAAAUUGAUGAUGACGUCAAUGCGCUAACCAAUAGUUUGCUCGACAACGAAGAAUUUCAAUUGGAAACAUCAACUAAAGAGAAUAAGUUUACGCAAACUGAUGCAGACAUUACGUGUACGCCUUCAAAUAUUGACGAUUACUCUACAAUGCAGUUGGAAAAUGCUCUUGAAUCAUUAGCAUCUGAUUUGCACUCAUUGCUCGUUAAUGUUGAUAAAUAUGUGCAAAAAACAUUUGUGAAAAAAUGUUCCUGUUGUCAUAGGUAAAGAAAAACAAGGAGUGCUGUUCACUUCUUGAUGUUUGAAUCUUAAGAGUAGUAAUAUAUAUAUAUGCAGGGUGGGCCAUAAAAAACAGAUCCGCUGGGAUUUUCCUCAAAUACUAGAGAAGGUACUUUUUUUAUGGCUCACCCUGUAGACGGAAUUUUAGUUUUAAUACCUUUCAU